GCCCACUUUGAUUACUCCGUCCACACGCACUACAUCACUGCAUUUCCCUCUUUAAUCUUGGAAGAAUACCCUGCGACACUGUUUACUUUAUUUUCAUGUGAAGGCUACCCGUUCAAUCUCGUCACAAAUGGAUCCUCAUACUCCUGGUUGUAGUGAUGAAAAGAGUCUGGACAACGACAAUUUUUGCUACCCAGAUGUCGAAGGUGGUUUUAACUCUUCAAGCUCGGCAGGUGGAACUUUCAAGACUACCGAAGAGAUUAUUUCGGAACUUCGGCGUGAAAACUUCAGACUCCGCUUAAUGUGUUUUGACUAUGAGAAAGCUAGGAAGCGAAUGAUUAACCCUCAAGAUGCGGAAUCAUCUAGGUUGUUCUCAGUGGAAGCCGAAAAUUUGACUUUAAAAGAAGUAUUGGCUGAGAAAACAAAUCUUCUUCGUUCGGCUUCGAAAACGAUCGACGCUCUGAAGGAAGAAAAUAACUUACUCAAUGAGAAACUACACGAAUGGGAAGAAAAGUUGCACGAAAAUAACACGGCUUGGCGACGGCAGUACGACGCUCUUUAUCUUCAGUUGCAACAGGCGAAGAAUGUGAUUCAGUCGUUUGAGUUUCAGUCAUCAACUCACAAACGGCAAGAUAGUGGUCACUUGCGUGACCUAAUCAGCCACAUCUCGGAGCCCGGAGUCAGCCCCACGACGAACAAAACGGAAGCGGACCAAGGGCAGUUGAAAACCACACGGUUGUUCUCAGAACCCGGAAAAUCUUCGAGUUCUCAACAACGUACCGACAAAGGGAUAUCGCGACUUGAUGAAAUCGACGUUCUCGAAGUAUCACGUGAUAUACACAAGUCGUGUCAGGACCACUUGAUGCACUGUUCCCUCGACCAUUUGUCGAGCUUUAUCCUUUUUUCCCCUCGGGCACUAGCUCACAAAUUCCACCUAUCCACCGAACGUUUUUCACAGAUACCCACGUUUACCGGAGUUUUGAGUCUACACAUACCCGCCCAGCAACUGUUCGAUAUGUUAACGCGAUCGUUUUGUGUGCCGGCAACCUAUUCAACACAUACCACCUUGUAUCAAAAUUCGACGUUGGUUGCGUGGGCUGGCUCUCUUGCGGUUGCAAAUCUUACCUAUUAG